UAUCUUUUCCCAUCGCUCGCUGGGAAUUGUAGUUGAUCGUGUGACAGUUGCCUCCUUUUCAAGAUCAAGGCCUCUUGCAGAUAGUGAACUACAACUCCCAGAAGGCACCGCGCCCGUCAUUGUUCAGCCUGUGGCGCUGAGCGGAGGGAGGAUGGCGGCAGGUUUGUAAAGGGUCUGAUGGGCGUUUUUCUGCGGGGAAGCUAAAAGAAGUAGGUCCUGACAAUCAGGUAGCAGAUCGCUGAAGCUUUCCCAGCAAUAACAGAGGACUUGAGGUUGGAUUGUCAUUUUCCUGAUGGCUACUUCUGCAGAUUUUAAUUGGGAAGAAAACUUGGUAGCACACUGGAUGUCAAAUGCGUCUCGUGCUGGAGUCAUACUAAACCCCAUGUUCUCAAACUUGAAAAUCCCUAGAGCAAACAGCUUGGACAAUGCCUCGUCAACUCUUGCACUUAAUUUGCACCACAGUUCGAGAAGGACUUCCUUAAGUGAAGACUCUCUAUGCAGUGAGCAAGCCUUGGGGCCUAACAAGGCUUGUAUGGAAAUGGUGAACUCAUCUAAAACUCUAUUUCCAAAUUCAUUGGUUAAGAAGGAUCUUAUACUUAUGCCUAAGGAUGUUCUGGUUCCACGAACAGACCAGCAAAUUGAUGUUGAAUGUGAUAAAUCGGACUUAGAUGAAGAACAUUGCACCGAUCUACUUCUGCAAAAGCUUGAGCAGCUGAAAGGAUGGCAGCAGCACAAGCAAGAGCAGCUGAAAAGGCAACAAAUGGAUGAAAUCCAAAGGCUGAUGGAGGAGCAACACAAACUACUCUCCAUGGUCUCUGAGCAAGAAGCACACACUGGAGAAAAUAUCGAGUCUCCAGAGAAAAAUAUCCUAGAACAUGCAGAUGGAGACAGUGGUUGUGAAGGCGCAGGGAAUGUAGAGUCUUCUGAAAGUCUGACUGGAGCAAAGUGCUUGGAUAGGUUUAAUGCAGAGGAAAGGCAUUCUAGCGAUGUUGGAAUAGCAGCCUGCCAGAAACCAGUGGCAAAACGACCCUUUUUGAAACGAGGUGAAGGCUUAAAUCGGUAUAUUAAUGCCAAACAUAAGGUAAAUAAACAAAAAGAGAACGAAGCAGCUGUUCAUGUGGAUACAUCAGAAGUCAGAAACACAGUUAAAGUAGAUAAGCUCCAGCUUCAUCGGAAAACUGCCCCUUUAAAUAAAGAACAAGUUUCUGAUAACGUUAUAUGUAAAAAUAAUAAUCAGAAUAAUAAAACAAAGAAGGGUUUUUCUGCUCGAAAAACAACAGUGCUGAGGAGUUCUCUCAGAAAAGGGAUCUCUACAUCUACAAGACAAAGCUCUAAUGAAAAGAAGCCUGGAGAACUGAGGAAUUCUGUCAGAUCAGAAAUAAAUGGUGAAAGAGAAAUGAAUAAAGAAAACAUAGUGGCACUUGCAAAGUUUGAAGAAAAAGAUACCAAGCUAUCAGGAGAAAAAACUGCACAGCCAAGUGAACGAACCAGGUGUCUUACAAAUUCCUUUCAAAAUGACCCAGAUCUCUCUCUUGAGCUUUCUUUCCAGAAGAAGUUGGAGAACUGGGAAACAGAAAAGGAAAUAGAAAAAAAUGAAUUGGAUGAAUUUUUAUUUCUAGAACAGGCUGCAGAUGAAAUCUCUUUUGCUAGCAAUUCUUCACUUGUACUACGGCUCUUGGAUCAAGGCCAGCAAAUUUCCACCGGUCAUAGACUGUCUUCCACUCCUGUCAAAUAUAGGCAGGAGCAGAUGUGCAUGCUGGACAUUACAGCUGUGGACAGCGAAAACCAAGUACAGGAUAUUUCCCAAGAAGCCAGCAAUGUCAAGACCAGAGGCUUAGUUACUGGUUCCCAAGCAUUGGAAAUGCUGAAGGAUCAUAAAAAUGAAUCUGAUGGUAGAAGGGUUCAGGCCUUUCCUACUGCUGAGUUCCAGACAUUUAAAAGUGCUGGAUGGGAUGAUGAUACAUCUGAUGAAAGUAGUGAGGUGACCUCAGAGUUUGAAGAGGAAUUGGAGACUACCGUAAAACUUGUGAAUGAUAGAACUGAAAAGCCUUCUUUGACAACUAUAGCUGACAAUCCUUUAUUUUCUAGGCAAGGAAAACAAGCUCAAGGGCCAAAUCAAGAUGCCAUUCCUGAUUCACUUGGAGAAGAUUCAUCUCUUGACCAAGAAAAUGAGAUAAACAAAGCUGCUACAUCUGAGUCCAUGUAUUAUCCAAAUUCUGUCGAAUUUGAUGAUGAAACACCAUGGUCUGACUUUGAAGAGAAUGGGAGUCAGUGUGCCCAAAUAGUGUACAGUGACGGCAUUACUCAAGCGCCUUUGCCCCCUAAUGGCUCUGUGGAGAGUGAGGCAGUCGUGCCAGACAAAGUGAUAAAGAGGAAGAUUGCCAUGGUGAAGAAAGAAGAGGUGCUGCCAAAGCAAAGUGUGACUGACAGUGAGAUCACGGCACCCCCCACAACAGAUCUGAUGCUGAAGCUCUUCCCUUCUUUGAGGCCCAAACAGAAGAUGGACGUACAACCAAAGCAUGAUGCCAAGCCCAACGUGGCUCAGGAAGAAUCAGAAGGAGAUUCAUCUCGAUCCCAACUCCUGAGAGAAAAACUUGUUGAACUGGAAACAGAAAUCGAAAGAUUUAGGUCGGAAAAUGCAUCCCUUACAAAACUUCGAGAAGAACAUGAAAAUGCUUUGGCAAGUCUCAGAAAAGAAAUGGCUGAUUUUGAACAACAGAAAACAAAAGAACUAGCUCAAAUAGAAGAAAUUAGAAAAGAAGAAAUGAGAAAACUGCAAAAAGAACGCAAAGUUUUUGAGAAAUAUGCACAAGCAGCUAGAGCCAUUCCGGAUAAAAAAGAACGUGAUGAAAUACAGGCUUUGAAACAGCAAAUUGCCACCUUGCAGGGAGAUUUAAAAAGAAGAGAAACUAAAUGGUCAACUACCCACACGCGUCUUACAGAUCAAAUAGAGACCUUAACCAGAGAGAAUAUGCAACUAAGGGAAGAGAUCAAAAUCAUGGAAAGAUGCCGUUUGGAGGCUUGGAAGAGGAACGAAGUUUCAGCAAACAAGAAGAAAAUGGACAGCUGUAGUUCUACAAAGAAAGCAGAAUUAGCACAUUCAGCAGCUGUAUUGCAAAAAAGCCAAACAAUGUCUUCAGUUCCUCAAGCAGAAAAAAACAGCAAAAUAAAUGGCAAAAAUGAUUCUCAACCAGAAGAAAGGCCCUUGGGAAAACCCAAACCACCAGCUGUACCUGAUGAAAUGGCCUUGGACAAUACAGGAAAGCCUUCUGAAGAAUCUUCCAAAACUUUUAUGGUAAAUUUACCUGGUAACAGACUUGUUGAACCGGCAUGUGUACUAACUGCUGAUUCUUCAGACAAUGAAGAUGCAAUGUUAGAGAGAGAAGCAAAUCAUCCUGACGGAAAGAUUGAAAAGAUUUUUAAAAAUGGUUGCCACCUUAUUAUUUUUCCCAAUGGUACACGGAAGGAAGUAAGCUGUGAUGGGAAGAUUACCACUGUAACAUUUUUCAAUGGGGAUGUAAAGCAAGUUUUGGAAGAUCAGAGAGUGAUAUAUUAUUAUGCGGAUGCCAAGACUACACACACUACUUAUCCAACAGGUUUAGAGGUCCUGCACUUCUCAAAUGGACAAAUAGAAAAGCAUUUUCCAGAUGGAAGGAAAGAGAUUGUGUUCCCUGAUCAGACCAUUAAGAAUGUGUUCACAGAUGGGCAAGAAGUGAACAUUUUCCCUGAUGGCACAACUGUCCGCAUACAACAGGAUGGAAGUAAGGUUAUAGAGUUUGGUAACGGUCAAAAGGAAAUACAUACAACUCACUUCAAGAGACGCGAGUAUCCUGAUGGCACCAUCAAGACAGUGUAUGCUGAUGGACGCCAAGAAACCCAGUAUGCUUCUGGUCGAGUAAGAAUUAAAAACAAAGAUGGUGAUGUUAUUAUGGACACUCUGCGUUAAAUUUCUACAUUUUAUGUCUUGUACAUGUUUUCUUUGUAGCACUUGCCAAACACUUUCUUAAUCUAUUUUCCAG